AUGGCACCUCUGAAGACAACUAAGGGCCCCAACGUCACCUUCCUCGCCUGGACGCCAGGUAACCAGCCGGAAGAAGAAAGGGCCCAACAGCGCUUCAGCCGGCAUCAACACACUGCCUUGGCCACGCAUCAGAAGAGGAAGAACGAACGAGAUGCCGCCUCUUCCGGGGAGGCUCAACCUGCAACGCCAGCCGGGAGACCUGCUCGACAAGUCAAGGCGUUGCAGGGUGCAGGGAGAUUAUCACUGCGGACGAAGAAUGCGCUGCCGUUGAAGAGCUCAGAUAAGAAGAAGAAAAAAAAGAAGCAGCUACAGCGGGAAGACCCGACACUUCCUAUUUCCAUCAGCGCCGAGAAACCUGACCCCUUCAACGCUUACUGUAUCAGUGGGAUAUCCGCCCCUGCACAGUCGAUGCUGCAGUUCGCCCUUACGCAUCAAUGGCCCGCGUAUGCGACCUCAGCCGAUAACGUGGUCGUCGAUAACUGGAAGUCGACCACUAUAAAGAUGGCAAUCAACUCACCACAUCUACUUCAAGCCAUCAUCUACGCUGGGUCAUGUUACAGGUCAUUCCUCGGUCCCGCCGGUUCUAUGAUAGACCGGGUUCGGACAGAAUCCUACCACGAAACCUUGACGCUGUUGCGCUCAUCCAUCCAGUCUUUGGAAGGGCCACCACCGGACGAGCUGCUACUCGCCAUAGCCAUCCUGGCCAUCAACGGAGAACCCGACUACAGCAACAGGCGGGCAUUGACCACUCUCGAGCACUACCGAGACAACGAGUUCUAUUUUAGCAAACCCUGGGUGCCUGAACAUUUUCGUGCGCUGAUAGAACUGACAAAGCUCAAGGGGGGGCCGCAAAAUGUUGCCAUUCCGUCCAUAGCGGCCAUGAUAUUCAUAACCGACCUCAUUGAGAGCUUCUCAACGCUGAGAAAACCUAGCUUUCCUAUCUUUCCUCCUCCGGACCAGAUUCUUCGCCAUCUCCGUGUAGACGAACCACGUGGCGACUCCGCAGAUGGAUUCAUUUUCCUGCGCAGAAAACGUAAUGGUCGGUCGAUUUUACGCCUUAUCAAAACCGCCCGUGACCUCCUCUACAGUUAUUCUAUUUGUCUCCAAGGACCAGGAGGCGAUGUCGAAUUAGGAAAUCUUGUGCUCGCGCGCCGAGUGCUGCAGCACCAAGCUCUUUCAUUGGAUACGACCAGUGACCCGUUGUACAUGCUCUGCCGACUGGCGGUUUCUAUUUAUCUCAUCGAAUCGGUCGUCCUCAUGCCAGCACUUCUGCCCUUCCAUGAAUGCGCCUCCCGGAAAUUGAUGCUGAUCAUCGAUGAGUGUGACCGGCGGGGCUGUUGGCAGACCAGUCCUAAUGUGAUGCUUUGGGCUACGGUGCUGGGAGGACUGACAGCCAGAGGACGGCCAUUCGUUUGGUGGUUUGCCGAGCAAUUGCGAGGGAGUGCAAUCCCGCCAGCCAAGAGCAACUGGCCUGAAGUAUUACAGAUAUCAGGGUUCUUUCUUCCAUUCCUGGGUCCUCAGGGUGAGGGUUGUCGGAUAUUCUGGGAUGAAGCCUGCGACUGGCUAGAUAAUGCUGGCACGAGACCUGAUCGCGUCGAUUUUUCGACGCUCUCUUUGAGACAACCACCACGAGACUCGGACCCUGGUUGGAUGAAGAACUCUCCUGAAUCUCAAAAUAGCGAUUCAAAAGACAAUGCAAAAGGAGACCAGGGAAGUCCUCCGAGUACAUGA